CACACAUUAGAGAAACAACUAUUUCUUUCCCCUUUCUUGUUCAUAUGACAUCAUCAUAUGAAACAAGGAGAGAGGUGGAGACAAAUUAACAGAACACCAGAAGAAAAAAACAAUCUUUUUUGUUUGAUUUAGUGUAUAGAGAGGGAGUUUGGUAUAGAGAAAAACAGGAGGAGAUGGCUAUCCAAGAAAACGGGAAUGGGGGUGUUAUGAAGUAUAAGAGGAUGGACUCUGAUGCAGUGGAAGAGGACGGUGUAUUGAGUGAAGAGAAAAGAAAUGACAGCAGCAGAAAAUAUGUUUUGGUUUGUGCCAUCUUUGCCUCACUUAAUUCUGUGCUUCUUGGAUAUGGUUGAUGUUGGUGUUAUGAGUGGAGCUAUUAUAUUCAUUCAGCAAGACUUGAAAAUUACUGAAGUACAAGAAGAAGUCCUUGUUGGAAUCUUGAGCAUAAUUUCACUCUUGGGGAGUUUAGCAGGAGGGAAAACUUCAGAUGCCAUCGGCAGGAAGUGGACCAUGGCUUUUGCAGCCAUUGUGUUUCAAUCUGGAGCUCUUAUAAUGGCUCUUGCUCCUAGUUUCAAGGUGUUAAUGGUAGGCAGGUUUCUAGCUGGAAUUGGUAUUGGGUUCGGAAUCAUGAUUGCACCUGUUUAUAUCGCUGAGAUAUCACCAACAGUUGCUAGAGGGUCUUUCACUUCCUUCCCUGAGAUAUUCAUCAAUCUGGGGAUCCUUUUAGGUUAUGUUUCAAAUUAUGCUUUUUCUGGUUUAUCCCCCCAUAUAAAUUGGAGAGUCAUGCUUGGUGUGGGGACUCUCCCCUCAAUUUUUAUUGGUAUUGCGCUAUUUGUCAUUCCUGAAUCUCCAAGGUGGUUGGUGAUGAAAAAUCGGAUCGAUGAGGCUAGGUUGGUGCUAUUAAAAACUAAUGAAAAUGCAAAUGAAGUGGAGGAGAGGCUAGCAGAAAUUCAACAUGCUGCAGGGCAUGUUAAUGCUGAGAAGUAUGAAGAGAAAGCUGUGUGGCGUGAACUGCUAAAUCCUUCACCUGGAGUUCGAAGAAUGCUGAUUACAGGUUGUGGGAUUCAGUGCUUUCAACAGAUCACGGGUAUAGAUGCAACUGUGUAUUACAGUCCAACAAUUUUUAAGGAUGCUGGAAUUAAGGGUAACACUCAACUCCUGGCUGCAACUGUUGCUGUUGGGUUCACAAAAACGAUAUUCAUUUUGAUAGCCAUAUUACUCAUUGACAAAAUUGGUAGGAAACCUUUGUUAUAUGUCAGCACAAUUGGUAUGACUACUUGUCUGUUUGGCCUUGGCCUCACACUUUCUUUCCUGGGGAACGGUUCAGUUGGAAUCAAACUGGCAAUUUUAUGUGUAUGUGGAAAUGUAGCAUUCUUUUCCGUGGGGAUCGGUCCAAUUUGUUGGGUCUUGACAUCUGAAAUCUUCCCUCUAAGACUUCGGGCCCAAGCAUCAGCUCUUGGUGCAGUAGGGAGCAGGGUUAGUAGUGGUGUUGUUGCAAUGUCUUUCCUCUCCGUUUCACGUAUGAUUACAGUAGGAGGAACAUUUUUUGUGUUUGCUGCUAUAUCAGCUCUCUCUGUUGUUUUUGUUCAUAAAUGUGUUCCAGAAACAAAGGGGAAAUCAUUGGAAGAAAUCGAAAUGAUGUUCCAGAAUGAAAGGCCACAACAAGGUGGUGAAUUGGAGCUUGAAGAUGUCAAACAUCUAAUGCAGAGACAAUGAAGGGGUGUAUCAUAUCAUAGUUUUAGCAGCAGCUAGAGGAAAUUUGGCAUUUGCUAUGGAGAUGCUUAUUCAACUUGCCAGCUUCACAAUAUUUGUGAAUUGUGUGGAGUUAAUUGCAUCACACAAUAAGAUAGAGAUAAAAACAAAACAAAAUCUUUAUUCAUUUGUCGUUAAGGCUGAAGCUUUCUUGUACCUUGAUGACUGGGGUCUCUGGAAUUUGAUAUCUAGAAACUUAGAAGUAAUACAUAGUGUUUCUUCUUCUCCUUCCUUUUCCCCUCAUUUUAUGUAAAAGCAACAGAAUAGUGACAGUGAUGGUGAACAUCUGUAUAUAGGUUCCAAUUGGUAAUUCCCAAAGACUCUUACUGGAUGAACGUUUCCUUUUUCUGCUCUCGUGGCAUUAUCGUAAGUUAGAGUGGAUUACAAAACCAUUUAUCUCUGCAUUUACUGGCAGGGAUUA